GGCGGGCGGUGGCGGCCGGGCCCCGGGGCGGCGCCGGCGCGGCAGGUGCCUCCCUCCGCGGUGGCGGCGGGGCCGCCGCUGCCACGUCACGGGAGUUUCCCGAGGCGGGCCGGGGCCGGGCCUUCCGCCCCCUCCUCCUCUUCCUCCCCCUCCCCCCGCUGCCGGGAGCGGCCGCCGGCGGCGGAGACGUUGCAGAGGGAGGCGCCCGCCGCCAUGGAGGCCCGCUACAACCUCAAGAGCCCGGCUGUCAAACGUUUAAUGAAAGAAGCUGCAGAAUUGAAGGAUCCUACAGAUCAUUACCAUGCACAACCUUUGGAGGAUAAUCUUUUUGAAUGGCACUUUACUGUUAGAGGCCCUCCAGAUUCAGAUUUUGAUGGAGGAAUUUAUCAUGGGCGAAUAGUACUACCACCUGAAUAUCCCAUGAAACCACCAAGCAUUAUUUUGCUGACGGCCAAUGGCAGAUUUGAAGUUGGGAAGAAAAUUUGUUUAAGCAUCUCAGGGCAUCAUCCUGAAACAUGGCAGCCUUCUUGGAGUAUAAGAACAGCUUUACUAGCCAUUAUCGGAUUUAUGCCAACCAAAGGUGAAGGAGCUAUAGGAUCUCUAGAUUACACACCAGAAGAAAGAAGAGCUCUUGCAAAGAAGUCACAAGACUUCUGUUGUGAAAUAUGUGGCACAUCUAUGAAGACAGCCCUCUUACCACUAACAUCAGGAAGUGUGUCAAGCCAGGCAGAUAAAGAGGCUAAAGAACUUGCCAGACAAAUCAGCUUCAAGGCAGAAGUCAAUUCAUCCAGGAAGUCUGAUGCUGAACCUUCAAACACAUCAGGAUUGAACAACUCUGCAGCUUUACCUGAGCCCCAGCAGGAUGGUGUAGCUAGAGCAUUCCAGGAUCCAGCAAGUGCAAUGUCCGAAACUCAGAAUGGCAGUGCAACAUCUAGUCAAGAGCGUACUCCUCCUGUGUCCGCUAAUACUUCUAUGAGUCCUCGGCAGCGCCGUGCCCAGCAGCAGAGUCAGAGAAGGGCUCCAUCUUCAACUGACUUUAAUCGGGUCCAGCAACCAAGGGUCAACAUGAACCACACUGGAUCAACUGUUCUGAUUGUCCUUCUGACUUUUGCAUUGGCAGCUCUUAUAUUUCGAAGAAUAUAUUUGGCUAAUGAAUAUAUAUUUGAGUUAUAAGCUUGUUUCUGUCUUAAGAGCUGUUACUGGAAUGCUUCAUUGAACAAGGUUUUGGGUAUGAUAUGAGAACUGUUUACAAAGAUUACUUUUUGUAUUUACACUUAAGUCCUUAUGAAUGUUAAUGUACCUACAGAUACAUUACUUGUGUAAAAAAUAAAAAUAAAAAAAAAAAUAAAAAAGAAAAAAGGCAAAGUUGGACAUUUAACUAUAAGUGUUGACUGAGUGCCCACUAGAUAGCUAGAGAAACAAUGCAGUGGAAUGGUAAGGUUUAGGCAUGUGUGAGGGGACUCAAUUUGUGAGUAAUUUAUUAACUAGAAAAAGACAAUUUAAAAAAAGUGGUUGAUUCACUUUUUUAUGGAACACGAAUGCAAAUAAUGACCCCAUCUGAUUUAGUAUAAGAUUUAACAUUGGAGAAGGGAUUUUAAAAUGAAACACUAUUAUGUAUUUGUGUUCAAUGAGCUCAUAAUUUACAGGGAAUAGUGUUUUGUAACCACUUUUAUUUACCAUGACACAUUUCUGGGGGGAAGUGCAUACAAGUUGGUUGAGAAUUUGCUUUGUGUGUGUGAAAGGGGAAAAGGGGAAGGGGAGCAAAGAAGGGGCCAGAAAACUAGUUGCAUUAUUUUGUUUUUUAAUUUUUUGGAAGUAAGAUAAGAUAAUCUUUUACAAGAUUUGAAUGUCCUCUUCUAAUACUGUCAAUUGUAUAUCUUGCUUUUUUAAAUUUGAAGAUUAUAUAAAACAUGUCUAUUCUUGCAAUAGUUAUAAAUAUGUAAUAUAAUUAUUUACCCAGAGCUAUUGUCUUUUAAUUAUACCAUAAAUAUAGCUAAUGCAUUAAACUGAAUGUUUCAUAUUUGGGUUUAUUUACUAAAGAAAAUUUAAACGGUAUCAUAGUUAAACUCUCAUAUGUACGAACAUGUUUAAGAGAAAUAUUUAUUAAAGCCUUGGUAGUAAUAAACUAUUUCAAGCCAGUCUUCA